AUGGCGACACCGGGUUAUAACAGAUAUGCGCUGUUCGCCAGCGCCGACGACAAUGCAGCUACUACGCGAGCCACACCACCAGACCCAAGCAAGAAUCCUUUCUUAAACCAAGUCGCGGAUGACUCGAUACCAUGGGAGAAGGUAAAGAAGCGUGGUGCCCCAGUGACAGCGUCAGUCAGCCGGCCCGUGGCCGCCACCAAACACCGGGCCAAAGCCGCAUCUAUACAACAACUUCUCAACAAUGGACAGAGUAAUAACACCCCAAUAUGUACCCCCGAGGAAAAGCCACAUGAUCCGCACGAAAACUGGUGUGGCGUCUGCUGCCUCAAACUCCCAAACAAAACAGCCUUACAGAACCACAUCAAACAGUCGCCGAACCACCAGAAUUACUGCAACCUGUGCAAGCGCGUGUUCAAAGACAGAAAUGGCCUGAAGAACCAUGUCGACAACUCGCUCGGUCACGAGACGUACUGCAACCUGUGUCUCUCGGCGUUCAAGGACCAGUGGGGCCUCAAGAACCAUUUCGAGAACAACUAUAGCGUCGGACAUGAGUUCGUCUGUCUGACUUGCCUCACAGGAUUCAAGACGAGUGCAGAGUUGGAACGCCAUCUACAGACGGCCGAGAAGCACACGUGGUGCCAGACGUGUCGGCGCCGCUUCCGUAACCAGGACGAGCGGGAUGAGCACUGGGUCAAGACUCUCAGACACAAGCAUUGUCUGCAACCCGGCUGUGACUUUGACGGUUCAGAUCAAGCCUCCCUCACCGAACAUCUUAGGCGCGACCACUUCCAAUGCCAAGGAUGCAAACGCAUACUGCCGAGCCUGACCAAGCUCAACCAGCACUACGAGACCUGUCUCUUCGCAUUGUCUUGUCCACAAUGCGGCGAAAAGUGCGCAGGAAAAUCCCAGUUGGAACUUCACAUGACGCACUGUUUUCGAUGUGAAGAGUGUGACUUUCACACGAGCCACAAGGGCAACUUUGACAUUCACAUGACGAAGCAUAGCUCCGCCGACCUGGUAUGCUGGGGCUGCGACGCCCCCAUGCGCAAAUACUCCAGCCUAAUCAACCACCUCGAAUCCGGCAAUUGCCCCAAGUUGGGCGAAGCCACGCCCCUGAUGCGUUGUCUGGGCAUGUGGUGGUACUCGCCGCUCUACAUGGAUCUCGAUUUGCAUGCGCACAUUCGGACUGGUCGGGUGGACAUUCACAAGGUGUGCGAGUGGAUGAGUGAGGGCGGAUUACAUCCUUUUCUUUGCCGCGACAAGGAUUGCGGCAAGACCUUUAGUCAACUCAGUUCACUGCUGUUGCAUUGUGAGAGUACGGCUUGUGGGUGGGAUGUUGAUCGGCUGAACAUGCCUGGACUUGAGAAGGAGUUCAAACAAUGGUGUUUGAGGAGGGACAGCGGCGCUUGCUAA